AAGAGUGACUUUAGAAAAUAGAAAUUCCUUUUCCUCUCCUUCCUCGACCUCCCCUAAAUUAUCUCAGGUCGGAAAGUUCUAACAGAUACAGAACACACAAAGGCCACCGUCGUUAUUCAUUACAGAUCCGACCUGACAACUUCGGACAAUUCCAAUUGGAUCUUUCUUCUACUAUAGCUUUUACCGAAACCCUAAGUACCCUUCUUCGACUUUGACAUUGUUUCGGAAGCAAUGGGUCGCUCUCGUGGGAACUUCCACAAUUUCGAAGACCCUACCCAGAGAACGAGGAAGAAGAAAAAUGCGGCUAAUGUGGAGAACUUUGAGUCUUCCUCUAUGGUUACAGGAACGGAGGGAGGAGGGAAGUACAACUGCGAUUAUUGCCAGAAAGACAUUACUGGCAAAAUCAGGAUCAAGUGUGAUGUCUGUCCUGAUUUUGAUCUCUGUGUUGAGUGUAUGUCUGUGGGAGCUGAGAUCACUCCUCACAAAUGUGAUCACGCCUACCGUGUUAUGGGAAAUCUAACUUUCCCGCUUAUUUGUCCGGACUGGAGUGCUGAUGAUGAAAUGCUUCUCCUGGAGGGACUUGAAAUUUAUGGAAUGGGAAACUGGGCAGAGGUCGCGGAGCAUGUGGGAACGAAGAGUAAAGAACAAUGUCUCGAGCACUACAGAAACAUUUAUCUUAACUCUCCCUUCUUCCCACUUCCAGAUAUGUCACAUGUAGCAGGGAAGAACAAGAAAGAACUUCAAGCCAUGGCCAAAGGACGCAUCGAAGAGAAGAAAGCAGAGCAGAACAUGAAAGAAGAGUACCCCUUUUCUCCUCCUAAAGUCAAAGUUGAAGACACACAAAAAGAGUCUCAUACAGACAGGAGUUUUGGAGGAAAGAAACCUGUUGUUGCCCCUGGAAACAACUCUUUGGUUGAAUUGAGUAACUACAACCACAAAAGAGAAGAGUUCGACCCUGAAUAUGACAACGAUGCUGAGCAGCUCUUGGCUGAGAUGGAGUUCAAAGACAACGAUACUCCUGAAGAAAAAGACCUCAAGCUCCGUGUCUUGCGUAUUUAUUCCAAAAGGCUUGAUGAAAGGAAACGUAGAAAGGAGUUCAUACUAGACAGAAACCUCUUGUACCCAAACCCCUUCGAGAAGGAGCUGUCUCAGGAGGAGAAAAUGCAGUGUCGGCGUUUAGACGUGUUCAUGCGUUUUCAUUCAAAAGAGGAGCAUGAGGAGCUACUCCGCAGCGUUGUGAGCGAGUACCGCAUGGUGAAACGGCUCAAAGAUCUCAAGGAAGCUCAAAUGGCAGGGUGUCGCUCCACGGCUGAAGCAGAGAGGUACCUGGCGAGGAAGAGGAAGCGAGAGAACGAAGAAGGGAUGAUGAACAGAGGGAAAGAGAGCGGUCAAUUUGGUGCAGGGGAAUUGGGAACUAGACCACCUGUGCAAGCAUCUUCAAGCUAUGUGAAUGAUCUGGACCUGAUUGGGUUCACGGAGUCGCAACUGCUGUCUGAAUCCGAGAAGCGUCUAUGCAGCGAGGCCAAGCUGGUUCCACCGGUUUAUCUACAUAUGCAACAAGUGAUGUCACAUGAGAUAUUCAAAGGGAAUGUGACGAAGAAGUCUGAUGCAUAUAGCUUGUUCAAGAUUGAUCCAACCAAAGUGGACAGAGUUUAUGAUAUGCUUGUGAAGAAAGGUAUUGCUCAGCUAUAAGACUUGUGUUGUAUUAUGUAAUCUAUCUAUCAAUGUGUGCGCUCUAUUUGAGUUAUUAUAUGUUCCUUUGUCACAAUUGUAGUUUAUAUACCCUGUUCUACACAUCAAUGUUAUGCUUAUGCAAAUAGUCUUUUUAUCAA